CUGCAGCGUGCGCAGGCGCGGGGGAGCCGGGAGACUCAUGGCGGAAGUGGAGUUAGUCGCUGAGUUCCCUCAGCCCGCUGGUGUUGCCCGCUCGGCCGAGGCUAUGGUUCGCUUCGCCGCCGGGCUGGGUGCGCAGGGAAGACGGGUGGUGUUGGUCACAUCCGGCGGCACCAAGGUCCCAUUGGAAGCCCGGCCAGUGCGCUUCCUGGACAACUUCAGCAGCGGGCGGCGCGGUGCAACCUCAGCGGAGGCCUUCCUGGCUGCGGGCUACGGCGUUCUGUUCCUGUACCGUGCUCGCUCCGCCUUCCCCUUUGCCCACCGCUUCCCUCCCCAAACCUGGCUGUCGGCUCUGCGGCCCUCCAGCCGAUCCCCUUCCGGCUUACUGAGCCUGGAGGCUGAGGAGAAUGCACUCCCGGGCUUCGCUGCGGCUCUGCGGAGCUACCAGGAAGCUGCUGCUGCCGGCACCUUCCUGGCGGUAGAGUUCACCACUUUGACCGAGUAUUUGCAUCUGCUGCGGGCUGCGGCCCAGGCGCUCAAUCCGCUAGGCCCUUCUGCGAUGUUUUACCUGGCUGCGGCCGUGUCAGAUUUCUAUAUUCCUGUCUCUGAAAUGCCUGAACACAAGAUCCAGUCAUCUGGGGGCCCACUGCAGAUAACAAUGAAGAUGGUUCCAAAAAUGCUUUUUCCUUUGGUUAAAGACUGGGCUCCCAAAGCAUUUGUAAUUUCCUUUAAGCUGGAGACUGACCCCUCCAUCGUAAUUGAUCGUGCACGGAAUGCUUUGGAAGUUUAUCGACAUCAAGUGGUGGUGGCUAAUAUCCUUGAGUCACGAAGAUCCUUUGUGGUUAUUGUAACUAAAGACUCAGAAACUAAGUUAUCGCUAUCAGAGGAAGAAGUAGAAAAAGGUACAGAGAUAGAAGAGAAGAUAGUAGUUGAUCUUCAGUCUCGGCACACAGCUUUUAUAGAGGACAAAAACUGAAAGAUCAAAAGUUACAGGAUCAAAAAUUGUUCAGUGGACCAGGCCUGUUAUAGAUGGCGAGAACUAGAAUAAAUCCUUUGCUUUCAUAAAGACAUAAAAUGAAGGAAAAAUCAUUGAGUGGUGAGCAGGCGAACACGGUUUGGUAUUUAUCUUUUAAAGGUCAUUUCAUACUCAUUAAAAAUGAAAAAAGCAAAGCAGUUAUGAUCGAACCACAUGACACACUCUCCUGAAUGUCAUCUUGAUUUUUAAAAUGAACACGAGCUGUUACUCACCUUUAAAAAAAGAGCUCAUUGGGAAUUAUAUUCCUCAAGAUAUAUAUGUGGGGCCUGAAUAUCACCCUUCUUCAUACUAUUAAAUGGAUUAUGGAUGUGUGAAUGGACAUGCUUUGAAGAUCAGAUAUUUGCUGAUGCCUAUUAUGUAGUACGCCCUGAUGAUUAUGAAGAUUAAAAAGAUGGAUAAACAUGUCUACUUUGGGAAAUGGAUAUAUAAAGUGCAAUAAAGUGUGUACCCAAAAGCCAACACAGUGGAAA